AUGCGCUACUCUACCGUCUUAUCUCUGCUUCUCGCAGCCGGAGUUGCUAACGCCCAGUUCGGCGGUCAGGGUGGCUUCGGUCAAGGUGGCUUCGGUCAAGGAGGGCAGAAUGGCCAGGGUGGACAAAAUGGUCAGGGUGGACAGAAUGGUCAGAAUGGUCAGGGCGGUCAGAAUGGUCAGAAUGGCCAGAACGGUCAGAACGGCCAGAACGGUCAGAACGGCCAGAACGGUGGCAACAACAACAAUGGUCAGAACGGUCAGAACGGCGGCGAUAAUAACAACAACAACAACAAUAACAACAACAACAACAAUAACGCGUUGCAGCUCGACCCAGACAAUGUUCAGACUGCCAGCCAGGUUGAUGGUUUUGACGGUGGUGAGGAGGAGGGACAAGCCAGAUCCGCCACUGAUGAGGCCAACUUCAUCAACUUUUGCUCGGGCAAGACGCUUACCAAUGGUCUCCAAACUGCAACUGGCUCGUGUAACGGAAUCGUGAUGGGUGAUAUUCCCGCGUCAAACCAGAUGAUCUCGGUCGUUUUCCUAAGCCCCCAGGAUGGUCAGGACGUCGAAGAGAAUGCAGCUAUUACCUUCUCUGUCAAGAUCGAUAAUUUGCAAGCCGGAACAUUCACCAACCCCGACAACACGUACUACGCUGCGCCUCAGAGUCUUGAGGGGGGUCAGGUUGUUGGCCAUACUCACAUCUCCGUUCAGGACCUCAACAACCAAAGAAACCCCACCGAACCACCUGACGCUGAGACAUUUGCAUUCUUCAAGGGCAUCAAUGAUGCUGGUGAUGGUCAAGGUACCCUUUCGGCUCAACUUGAUGCGGGUCUUCCCGCGGGCCAGUACCGUGCUUGCUCCAUCACUUCUGCAGCCAAUCAUCAACCGGUGAUCAUGCCCAUCGCUCAACGUGGUCCCCAGGAUGACUGCAUUCGUUUCACAGUCGGGCAAGGUAACGGUGCUGAUGGCGGCAACAAUAACAACGACAACAACAACGGCGACAACAACAAUAACAACAACGGUCAGAACAACGGUCAAAAUGGUCAGAACAAUGGCCAGAACGGUCAGAACAAUGGCCAGAACGGUCAGAACAAUGGCCAGAACGGUCAGGGACAGCAAGGUCAGGGACAACAAGGCCAGCAAGGCCAGGGCCAAGGCGGCUUUGGAGGCCAAGGUCAGGGUGGUUUUGGUCAGGGAGGUUUCGGCGCUGGAGGCGCUGGACGUUUCGGCCGUCCCAAGUUUGCCGCCCGCGCGUUCAUUGCUUAA